AUGGCAUCCACAAGGCGCCGCCGCCUUGUAUUAUGCUUUUUGGGAAUAAUCCUCAAUGCUUUAAUCGGUGUGACGUGCAAAGCGGAGCUGUCCUUCACCCUUGAGCCCAGUGACAUCAUCGCAGUACAGGAGCAGCCCCUCAUGCUGCACUGCCAGGUGGACGGCAUUCCCCCAAUUACAACACAGUGGAGGCAUAACGGCCUGCUUUUAACUCAGGACCAGCAUCAUACCACUUUCAUCAAUGGCUCGCUCCUGAUCGCUCACUUCUUGAAGACCAAAUCUGAUGGCUCAUCUGACGAGGGGGACUAUGAGUGUGUGGCCCAGAAUUCGUUUGGGCUGGUGGUGAGCCGUAAGGCCCGCGUUCAGGCAGCCACCAUGGCAGACUUCCAUGUACAACCAGAGUCGGUUCAUGCUGAGGAGUCUGGCAUGGCCAGGUUCCAGUGCCAGAUCCACGGUCUGCCGGAACCUGUUAUCAGCUGGGAAAAAGACGGCCGUCCCAUAGACACCAAGGACGAGAGGUACACUCUCCUGCCUACAGGCGUUCUGCAGAUUACAGCAGUGCGUGAGGAGGACAGUGGAAAGUUCUGCUGUGUGGCCCAUAACAGUGCAGGAGUGAAACACAGCACCGAGGCACUCCUAACUGUUUCAGGCUCCCAGUCAUCUGUUUACAAAGAGCCUGUGAUCCUGGUCGGCCCAGAAAACCUCACACUCACAGUUCACCAAACCGCCAUUUUGGAGUGCGUUGCUACUGGAUACCCUCGGCCCAUCGUUUCUUGGAGCAGACUUGACGGCCGUCCCAUCGGUGUAGAGGGAAUCCAGGUACUUGGCACAGGGAACCUGAUGAUCUCAGAUGUUGGCGUACAGCACUCCGGGGUUUAUGUUUGUGCUGCUAACAAACCCGGGACCCGUGUUCGUAGGACCGCUCAGGGACGUCUUGUGGUCCAAGCUCCUGCAGAGUUUAUUCAACCUCCGCAGUCCAUUGCUCGGCCCGUCGGCACCACCGCCAUUUUCACCUGCCAAGCCCAGGGCGAGCCUGAGCCCCAACUCACCUGGCUGAAGAAUGGGCAGAUACUAGAGCCCGGGGGACACGUCAAACUCAGGAACAACAACAACACACUGACGAUAUACAGCAUCAGCCAGGAUGACGAGGCUAUCUACCAGUGUAUCGCUGAGAACAGCGCCGGCUCCACACAGGCCAGUGCACGCCUGACGGUGCUCUGGGCUGAUGGGCUGCCUGGUGUUCCCGUCCAUGUGCAGGCUGAGGCCCUCUCACCCACUACCAUCCAAGUGUCUUGGAGGGAGCCCGAACAGAACACUCAGGACAUCAUCGGUUAUGUGCUCCACAUCCGCAGGACCUCAGACCCAGUGGAGAUGGAAUAUGAGGAGGCUGUCAGUAAAUUGACGCUGCAGCAAAACAUCAGGGAUCUGGAGCCUUCCACCAGUUACACCUUCUACGUCAAGGCCUACACAUCCCAUGGGGCCAGCAAACCAUCAGACAGUGUUACUGUGAGCACCCAUGGGGAGGUGCCAGCACCUCCUUCCCUCUACACCAAGGUGGUGAACAGUAGCGUUGUGCAAGCGAUGUGGGAGGCUUCCUCUAAGAUGGGUCAACAACAAGGCUUCAGACUGUAUUACAGAAGAGCCCACACACCUCUGUUCACCGGUCCCAUCAUCCUACCUCGCAACAUCACCCAGUACAACAUCACUCAGCUGGAUCCCUCAUUGGUCUAUGAAAUAAAGCUACUUGCAUUCAACCAACACGGAGAUGGUAACGCCACCAUGCGAUUUGUUUCACUUCGGGAGGCGGUGGAGAAAUCUGUGUUGGAUGUCCCAUGUGACUGCCUGAAAGACGAACAGAGCAAGACAUCCACCACAGGCAUCAUUAUCGGCAUUCACAUCGGAGUCACCUGCAUCAUCUUCUGUGUGCUCUUCCUUGUCUUCAGCUACCGGGGCAGGUUAAUGAUGUGUAAGACGGUUCAGGCCACCCCCGAGGCAGGGCACAGCACGGUGCUUGAAUCCUCUACAUCUUCCCAGGGGGCCUCAGGGCUGAACGGGGCCGCCAGGAGAGAGAUGGAGGUCAACGGCAGCGCAGCAGGGAAGAAAGUGGUUGACAGCAACGAGCUCGAGAGACUUUUCACUCAACCCAACACACAAGACGUAUGCAUGUCUGACAGAUCUCUUGUCUCCUACGUGCUGAAUGACACCCAGCUGUCUACGAUACCGCUGGAUGAGUUUGCAGUGGAGCGAGACACCGAGACGCAGUUCCAAGAGCCUCCUGCAGCAGGAGCGGGUCGGCAGGACCAAGGCUAA